AUGGCUGUGAUCACCCUGUUCUUGGUUGGUAUGGGCAAAUACGAGGACGGAAACUGGAGUGCGGAUCAAGGUUAUCUGUACAUCACCCUUGUGUACAACGUUUCGAUUUCUCUUGCUCUCUACGGACUAUUUCUUUUCUACACUGCGACCAAAGAGCUUUUGAGUCCCUACAGCCCAGUAUUGAAGUUCUUAACGGUUAAGAGCGUCAUCUUCUUGUCAUUUUGGCAAGGUUUGCUCAUUGCUAUUCUCGGAGCCACAUCUGCCAUUGAUCCAGUUGUGGAUUCUAAUGGAAAUGUCGUUAUCAACAAAGGGACCGUUGCUGCGGGUUAUCAAAAUUUCUUGAUCUGCAUCGAGAUGUUCUUCGCGGCAAUCGCUCUCAAAUUCGCAUUCGGUGUUUCCGCGUAUGCAGACGCGCAUUCAGGUAAAACAAAUGUUCAAGAUCCUUUGCUUUUUUCACGUGUUAAAAUACUGAAAAUUGAAGGAAUCGCUUUCUUCCACAGAGAAGAUUCUGGUGAAGUCAGACAUUCGUAUUUUUCAGUCAGCCAUUCGAAUGAUGGGCGUCCGGUCACGCUGCAGUCCAUCAGUUCAUCUUUGAAGGAGACUAUGAAUCCAAAAGAUAUCAUGCAGGAUGCUAUACAUAAUUUCCAUCCUCAAUACCAGCAGUACACCCAGGUAGGUACCAAGUCGUUUUUUGGUAUUUAA